AUGUCGGCCGGUAUUGCUCAAUUGAAGCAGGUUUUUGGGUUCCGUACAGGAAUAGCGGGAUCUGUAGUUUUUUUGGAUGAACAAACGCUUGUAUUUCCAUGUGGUUCUAACUUAGUUUUGUAUAAUAUGGAACAUCGCAUCCAGAGAUUUGUAGCUGGACUUGAUAAGUCAUUUGGAAUGACAGCAAUGGCGAUAAGCCCCAACCGAAGGUAUGUCGCUCUUGCGGAGAAGACAAGCGAACGUUCAGUUAUCACGAUAUAUGAUCUACAGGCGCUAAAGCGGAAAAAAAUUAUUUACCCUAAUGAUAUUCAUGGUGGAGAAUUUGUUAGUGUAGUCUUUUCUCCAGAUUCUAAGUACAUAGCUGCACAAAGUUCAGAACCAGAUUGGCUUAUGAUUUAUUGGUCUUGGGAAAAGAACAAGCAAUUAGCGGUAGUUAAGACAUCAAUGGGAAAUGCUGUCAAUCAGGUUUGA